AUGAGGAGUGAAAGUAAGCCAACAUUGUAUGCAAAAAGAAAUGACAAAGGUGAAUUUCAACUUGUUUGCAUUUAUGUCGAUGACAUGAUAUAUUUGGGAUCAAGUGAAACUUUAGUUGUUGAUUUCAAGAUGUGUAUGAUGAGGGAGUUUGAAAUAUCGGACUUGGGGAUGCUUAGUUAUUUUCUCGGACUUGAAGUAAAGCAAGCUGAAGAUAGAAUAUUUCUCUCACAAAAUAAAUAUGCUAAUGAUCUUUUACUCAAGUUUGGCAUGCAUAAUUGCAAAGCAGCAGCCACACCGAUGAAUACUAAUGAGAAGUUGCAGCUGGAAAAUGGAACCAAAGCAACUGAUCCGAGUUAUUUUCGAAGGCUAAUAGGUGAACUAAAUUAUCUUACACAUAUUCGUCCUGAUAUCAUGUAUUCUUUGCAUGGAUUUAGUGACAGAGAUUGGGCAGUUUGCAUAGACGACAGGAAGAGUGUUUCCGGUCAAAGCUUCAACUUAGGUUCCGGUGCUAUUUCUUGGAGUUCGAGAAAGCGGGAUAUUGUUACAUUGUCCUCAUCCGAAGCAGAGUAUGUUUUUGUAACUGCUGCAGCGUGUCAAGUUGUGUGGUUGGGAAGAUACUAG